AUGACAACAGGUACACACGAUCCACAGAGUUUGUUUGUGUACACACGAUCCAUCCUUCAAGCAGCGCUUCAAAGGAUAUCCAAUGAGGGUGCGGAGAUCAGGGAGGAGGCGGAGCUGCAGAAGACGGCCAACGAGCUUGCUAGCGUGGAUCGUUCCAUCGUGGACCACAGAUCCCUCCUCCACCAGGUCACUUCCUAUCCCAACAGGAAGUUAAAAGACCCAGGCUUUCUGCCCUACGACCCCUCCCUGAUUCCAGAGACCCUCCCCUUGACUCCUGAUCCCUCCUCCCCCUCAUACACCCCCCAGCUGGUUUCCGGGGCGUCGCUAGGGGGCGGGGGCUGGUCAGCGAGGCGGUUCGACCGCCGUCUGAAGCCGUUGGAGGAGCUGAGCGACUGCUACUUCCUGUCUCUGACGCUAGAACAGCUGGGCAACGCAGAACGCCGUCUCCGUGGAGACCAGAGUGUUCUACACAACCGUCGCAUCACACACAGGCUCUCUAGGACGCUUUCACACACACAGUUCCUGUUCCAGCUCUGGGACCAGGAGGAGGAGGAGGACCUGGAGGAGGAUGGGGCGGGGCUAGAGGGAGGAAGCGGCGUGAUGUCACAUCCUGUGGCAGGGGCGGGUCCACCGAGCCUGGAGUCGUUCUUCUCCUGCGUGGAGGAGGUGUCAAUCAAACUGGAGACAGGAAGUGGAGGGGCGGAGCCGACACUUGAUCCUGAGGGAGAAGGAGUAACCGCGGAGACGAGACCAGGCAGCGUGAGCAGCGGAGACAGCAUUGAGGUUCUGGGGACGGAGCGCUCGUAUAGAACACAGGGACUAACCCACGUGGAACUCAGAGAGUUGUCUGGUGGGUUGGGUCAAGGUGAAGGCUGUGAUGUGGUGCGGAGUUGUGCCCCUGCGGAGGUGUGGAUGAGACGUGACGUGCGGUCCCUGGCACGGAGGGCGAACAGCGAGGACAGUAUUGAGAUCAUCAGCACCUCAGACUCCAUCUUCCCCGACGACCUCAUCUUCAACGCCAUCACAGAGGAGGAGCCUGAGGAGCAUGGAAUCAUGGGUAGUGUAAUCCAGGAAGAGGAGGAGGAGGAGGAGGAGGCAGCAGGUGAGGACGCGCCCAUUCAGCAGCACAGCACCCUGGGUAUUGUAGUUCACGAGGAGGAGGAGCAAACUCUGCACCAAAGAAUCCUGGGUAAUAUAGUCCAGACGGAGGGAAAGGAGGAGCUCGAGGACACUCCCACUCGGCUGCACCGCACCCUGGGUAUUGAAGUCCGGGAAUUGGAUGAGGAGAAGCCAGAGAGAUGGGACACUCCGGCCCCCUUGUCUGAGCCCCAGAGAACUCUGGUCCACCAGGUGUCAGUAGAGGGCUCCUCCCAGCAGUACGAGGAUCAUCAUGCCAACGGCGAGGUCAGAGGUCAGGCUGGGAGUGACAGCAGGCGGGUGGUGGUGCCUGACCUCCAGGUGAACUUUUCUAUCCCCUUGAGGUUAGAUGUUAGAGGUCGGGGGUCAGGGGGGCAGCGGUUGCUAGGCGACACCCCUUACAGGCUGAGUGUAGACGAGGCAUCGGACUGUAUGAGCAACAUCAGCACCUCUCCAUCUUCCUCUCUGCCCCCCACACAUCUCCAUGGCAACCACAGCGCUGGUAAUCCGCGACGACAUCAGCGCCAGAGGAGGAAGGCGGGUCCUGGAGCCCUCAGGUUCCUGCGGCAGAAUUCCUUCUCCCAGAGUGCCGUGUUCUGCCUGCUAAGUGGACGGCCGCUGGUGGUGAUUGGUGGAGAGGAGGGUUCCGUGAGGAGGACGGUCGCUGCCCUCUCGCUCUACCUGCCUUCACCUGGUCGCUAUGGAGAUGCUGUGCAACCUUACUUGGCCACGCCUCUUCAGCUGACAGACCUGCUCACCUGGAGACUCAUCGGAAUCCACAGGACGUCUCCUACAGCUCCCAGCAUGCUUCACUCUCUGGCUCGUUACGGACGGUACCUGGCCGUGCUGGACCUGGACCAGCGUACACUGAGAAGCCCCGCCUACCACGGACACCUCAUUGGCCGGCUGGCCAACCCCCACACUCUGAUAGGUCGUGGCAGCACCUACCUUCUCCACGUGGAGAGCUGCCUCGCUGAGCUGACCGCUAAGGCCUUCCUGUUCUCCUGUUCUCCUGACCUUUCAACUCUAACAUCGGGUCGAGCUCAGAGUUCACCUGGGGGUCAGGCACCACCCAUCUGCCACAGCCACUCUGACCUCCAGCUUCCCAGCCUCCCGGGGAUCUUGACUUCACGCUGA